GCGAGAAGGAGGACGACUCCUGGGAAAAGCAGGAAGUUGUACAACUGCUGCUGUAGAUACGAACAACGCCAAUGGAGGUGCAAGAACAACUUCUAAGAACAUCAACAACAACAUUCUUCCUAAGAAGCCUGCUCUCAGCUCAAGAGAAGCCAAGCUGCAGCAGCAACAGGAGAAAGCUAGAAGAAAAUAUGUGGAUCAGCUAUUGGAUUUCCCGGCAAAGGAUCAAGUGGAGAUUUUGACUACUUUUUUCGGCCAAUGUGAUCCUGAGAUCUUGAGACAUGUCAUGCUUGACGAUCGGGUGCGAGAACGAUGGCCUGGAUCGGGAAAUUUCCCUAGUCGUGGUGGGAAUGCUGCAAAUGAUCAUGAUUUAGCGGAUUUUUACUUGCGGAAGCGGAACGAGAACGUGUCGCUUAAUCACGACAUUGACGAAGUGAAGAGUAUCCAAGUAGAAACAGGAAGUGUCAUAGAAGGAGUACUGCCACGGGAUUAUAGUGAGCGAAAUACGCCAACUAACACUGCAGCCGCUGUCCCCCUACCACUAGAAAUCGAGGACGUCGAAGCCGCUUUAAUCCAUCAAACUUCGGGAGCAGAAUCCUCAGAUCCGAGUGCGCCUGGAGGACGCUUAGGUAGUAGCUCUGGACAUAGGGGAGGUGGUAGGAAAAGACUAAACGGACUACAUGUUGGACAUCAGCACCCCCUUCAUCCACCUCGGAAUCUGAAGCAGCGAUUAUUGCAGUCUUUGCGUUUUCGCCCACAGCCUAGAGUGUUUCUGAGAAACAAUGCAGCAGAAGGAACGCCGAAAGGAGCAGGAUCUUCUGCAUUACAAGUUUCAACAGCAUCAAAUUCAGGUGUAACUACAGCGCAUAAUUUGUCCACGAACAAGAACGGCCUCGGCCUCCUCCAGGCAACACGUCGUGCGUCAUCUUCAUCAAGUUCUUCCACUGCUGAACGUCUUUACCGAAAGUUGUUGCAGGAUCGUUCAUGGGUACUCGUGUUGUCUGAAGAAGAAGUUUUGGCCCUUGAUGAGCCUGUUUUACCGCCAGAAUCUGGGGAGAAGACGAUGGCAUGGGAUAGAUUUUUCUCACCCACUACAAGCACGUCGCAGAGUCUAGAUUUUCAGACCGAUCUUCGGCAGUUGGUGUAUCAAUACGGAGUUCCGAGCCAGUAUCGAGACGUCAUGUGGUGGUAUUUUACGUCGUCAAGUAGUUCUCCGAAGAAACAACAUGCUAGUACUGGACAGCAAUUUUCACGAAUGCAGUUGUUGUUGGAUGAGGAAGAAGAGGCGGAAAUUUCCAGAGAUGCAACUACAGAAGACCCCAGCACGAGAGAUGCGAAUGCGCUUGCGCGAAAGAACGACCCAUCUUCAAGCUGCAUCAUAGAAAAGUACUAUGAACACCUCCUUCUCUUGGCCAGAGCAUCUUCUUCUCCCAUCCCGUCGCCUAUCACACCUAUUGCAGCCUACGAGAUGAAACUCAACACGAGUCGUGAACAAGAUCUUCGAGGACUGGAGGAUGAGAUACAAAACCUGAUCGCGGAACACGGUGAUAUUAGAGAUGAUGGCGAUAAUGCACACCAAGCAACGCUUUUGUCAGCACUUGAAGAACAAGCAGAAAGUUCUUUGGUUACCACUCCAGUCGGCAGCCACAGUGAGGGCACCCCGCGGUCUCUGAGCGCGAGGUCUUUAGAUGCGACGUCUAUGCAAAACUGCGAUGGGUCAGACGUUGCAUUUGAGGAACAACAACAUCAAGAACGAGGAUUACCAGAGUACGUGCUGCGGCAAAUUGAGGUGGAUAUACCGAGAUUAGGGGUUUCCAAAUUGCAUCCUUCACUAACAUCCCUGACUUGUUUGUUCGACGUUUUCCCUUUUAGUAAUGUAGAUAAAAAUAUGAAGUCUUCAGUGUUUUUCCUCUUUCUACUUUUAGGCUAUCCCUUCAUGCAAUAAUAAGAAGCCGCAGUGACAACUUAGUCACCGUGGUCACCGACCAGGGAUGUCCUGAAGACGGCAAUGUCGGAACCUCUAACCAGAACUCUCCCUAAAGCGCUCACGUCUGCUGAUCAAAAAAAUGCACUUCGUAACAUCCUGCAGGCCUACUGUGUGCAUAAUCCAAAGGACGCUUAUUGCCAGUCCAUGAACGUGAUUGCUGGACUUCUGGUGUUUCUCGGGUAUGGAGGUUCGUCGGAGAGCUCUUCUUCUAGCUCGUCAUUUUCAACCGUGACCGUGGUUGCACAAUCAGAAUCAGCAACGCCAAUCGACGAGAGAACUUCAAAAGAAAUCUCCUGUUCUGAACCUCAUACUUUCAUUCUCUUUCUCCGCAUCCUCCGCCAACUCACUCCACUCUACCAUACAACUAACCUCCGCGGCCUGCUUGUUGACCUCCAAGUGCUCGAGAAGUUGUUACAGGAAUUGUGUCCUAAGUUCCUCACGAAGAUACAAAGUGUUGGCCUAGACGUUUUGUUCUUCGCAGUUGACCCUUUCCUGUGCCUUUUUGGGCACACUCUGCCGAUGCCUGCGCUGGUCCGCGUCUGGGAUGUGAUCUUGCUUGAGGGCGACGUCGGACUUUUCGGAGUUUUCAUCGCCUGUUGCGCGUUGGUAACGGGGCAACAUGAAGCUCCGUCGGGCGAACGUGAACAACUACUCGAACUGAGUAGUAAAAAUCAAAAUCUUUCUACCUGCUCGUCAUCUUCAUCUGGUGCUGGAAAAGCAAAAAACCCUGCAUCUGGAGCAGGAACAUCUUCUCAGUCUGCUCCUCAACAAAGUACUACGUCUCGGAGUACUUCUUCGAUCUUCGCGAAGAGUUCUACAACUAGCAGUCGUAGUCGAAAAAAUGAGACAGAACACGAGAAAAAACCAACGAGGAUAAACCCAGCUGCGCCAGAGGUUAUCAUCAAUAAGUGGACACGCGACGUCCGUGAGCUAGCUUCCGUAGACAUAGAUGCUAUCCUAGUCAAAACCCGUGCAUACCUUGAAACUGGCGCAAUAACAAGGGAAAAACUCGCGUUAUUGAGAAGACAAGACCCUAGUUAUGACAACGAACUUCGUUUUACAGUACACUAGAGAUGAUGAGAAAU